UCGGGGUUUGCAUGGAUCGACCUCCCCACGUUACAUUCUCCUUCAGAUCUCAGUUUCCAAAGCUGCAAUUACCUGGACGAGUUUGCCGCGUCCGAAGGUGUUAAACCGCUCAAAAUCAUACGGCCCGAAGCAAGAUCUAAAAAACAAAGGAGAGCAAAAGAUCUAACAAGAGAACAGCUGGAACAAUCCGUGAGUUUUCCCCCAUUGUUGCGAAAGAACAAACAUGGAAAGAAGACGUGUUUUAGCUCGUUUCACCUGGUUGGAGUGCUUGAGCGGGGUGGGAGUGAUGAGGUGUUCAGUUUCAGUCUCCCCUUCCCUCCCUCUCUUUGCAGGCGGCCUCACGCCUCCUGCUGCAGAGAGGGGCUCGUCGGACCGGUUCCCAGCCUGCGUGUUCCUGUGCGAAUGAGCGUGUGUUUGGGGAAGCCCUGGGCAGCCAGAAGCUGGAACCAAAGAAACUGGUUUUUGCGCUUCAUGAGACAGAAACGUUGGAUUGAUGAGCAGGACGAGAAUCUGUUGGAGCUCAUCGACGGCACCGCCACAGCUGUGAGGCUUCAGCGUCUGGACCAUGUUCUCCUCCGCUGUCCCCUACAAAAACCAGCACUACUCUGAGCUGAAGAAAGUUUGCAUCAAUGACAAGACGCUAUUCAAGGACCCGGAGUUCCCGGCCACCAAUGCGUCGCUGUUCUUCCGGAACCCACCUCCCGGGGUUGUGGAGUGGAAACGACCAGGGGAGAUAAGCAGCGAGCCUCAUUUGUUUGUGAAGGGCAUCAGCUCCCAUGACCUGAACCAGGGAUCUGUGGGGAACUGCUGGUUUGUGGCGGCGUGCUCCUGUCUGGCUUUGAAGCCAAACCUCUGGAAAAAGGUAAUUCCUGACCACACAACGCAGGAGUGGGACCACAAGCAGCCGGCGACCUACGGCGGAAUCUUCCACUUUCAGUUCUGGGUGUUCGGAGAGUGGGUGGAUGUGGUGGUGGAUGACCGGCUGCCCACAAUCAACGGCGAACUCAUCUACUGUCACUCAAAGCAAAACAACGAAUUCUGGAGCGCUCUGCUGGAGAAGGCCUACGCCAAGCUUACCGGCUGCUAUGAGGCCUUGGAGGGGGGAAACACCGGAGACGCUGUGGUGGAUUUCACUGGAGCUGUGGCUGAAGCCAUCAACCUGGAGGCCGAGGCUUACUACAAGGACCCCAAAAAGCAGGACAAGCUGUUUGAGGAUCUGCUGAAGGUCUACGAACGUGAAGGAAUCAUCAGCUGCUCAAUUAAGGCGCAGCCUCACGAGCUCGAGCUCAGGAUGUCUAACGGCCUGGUGAAAGGCCACGCGUACUCGGUGACCGCAGUGAAGAAGGUGCGCAUGGGUCACGGGCUCAUGGCCUACUUCAAGAAUGAAACCAUCCCUCUGAUCCGCAUGAGAAACCCCUGGGGCAAGACUGAGUGGAAAGGAGCCUGGAGUGACAGCUCUGAGGAAUGGUCCAAGGUUGGGGAUAUGGAGCGGGGCAAACUCGGCAUCACUGUGGAGGAUGAUGGCGAGUUCUGGAUGGAGUUCACAGACUGGUGCAAGUUCUUUACAGAUGCCGAUAUCUGCCGUCUCAUCAACACCUCUCUGAUCAGUGUCUAUAAGACAUGGAACGAGGUGGCGCACUUUGGGAGCUGGACCAAGAACGCAGAGCCGCUGUUAAACCGCUGCGGCGGCUGCGGUAACCACAAGCCGACCUUCCUGCAGAACCCACAGUACCUGUUCGAUGUUACAAAGGAGGCCGACGAGGUUCUAAUUUCUUUGCAACAGAAGGACAUGAAAAGCCAAAGAAGAUUUGGUCAAGGAGAAAAUCUGAGCAUUGGCUUUGGUGUCUUCAAGGUGGAAGUGAACCGGAAGUAUCGCAUGCACGACAUCCUGACCCAGCAGUGCGUGAACACGUCCGCCUACAUCAACGCUCGGACGGUCUUCAUGAGAUGCGUGCUCCAGCAGGGCCGUUACCUCAUCAUCCCCACCACCUUCAAGCCGCUCACGCUGGGGGACUACAUGCUCCGAGUAUUCACCGACGUGGACUCGGGCUGCAGGGAGCUAACCGAGGAUAAGCCCAAGGUGAAGUGCUGGAGUUCGUUCCUCGGGUACCCGCAGGCGGUGACUCACGUCUACGUCCACGGAGCAGAGGGGCUGCAGAACCAGGACAGCACAGGAGGUGCGGACCCCUACGUCAUGAUAUACUGCGAGGGGCGGUCGGUGCGAUCCCCCGUCCAGAAGGACACCCUGACACCGGUGUUUGCGACCAGCGCCAUUUUCUACAGGAAGAAGCCCAGAACGCCAAUAACCGUGGAGGUGUGGAACAGCAACGGGGUGAAGGACCAGUUCAUGGGCCAGGUGGUGUUGUCCGGGUCGGUGAAGGACAACAGCGGCCCCCAGACGCUCCAGCUGAGGCAGCGAGGGCGGCAGAUGGCGGACGAGAUGCCGGGUAACAUCGGCGUGAGGAUCGUCACUUCCACUCAGCUGACCGCCAUGUGAUGUCAUCGAGGCCUUUGCCGUGUUCAGUGCUCAGCUUGGUGAUGAGCUGCUUGUGAAACUUACCUGGGCCAUGUGGCAUCAUCGAACUCCCUUUAAACUGUCUGUGGGGCUUGUGGCUGAUUUUACACUAGAAUUUGCAGAUUUAUGAAAUUCUUUCCAAAGUCCACAGAGCAGCAGUUUGGGACAGAUUGAAUGUGAAUUCCUGUCAUUUUUUUUAUCCAAAUGUUUAAUCUUUCUAAAAUUCAUUUUACUCAUUGAAUCAUUAUGUAACUUAAAGUAUUUUUAUGUUGAUGUUUUUUUUAAGUUGCAUGUAAGGAUAUCGUUCCUUUUUUAUGUUACUUAUUAUAGAUACUGUGAGGGAAAUGGCAUUCAUUUGCUUUAUCAAAAAACUAAAAGAAAUAAAUG